AUGUCCAUCGUCUUCGACACCAUCUCUGCCAAGUCGCCCCCGUGCGAGGGCGAGGGCGCUUCAUCAGCGGAGAGCCUGGCCGCUCUCAUGCAGCAAGCGUACACGCAGCAGUACACAGAGGCACGUAAUCAAUACAAGGCGUCUCACGCACGCUUUACCGCCCGCGUGAAGCGGCCGCCUCUUUCGCAGCUCGAGCGUUACUGCACAAGCGUCUUCCAAGACCUAUCCUUGUACACGAGCGCCAUCAAUGCUGAGGAGGCGUGCGCGCCUUCUGCGUGCACGCAUGGCCCGCGACGCAUUGGCAUCCACUCGGUGAAUCACGAACUUCGCCUUCGUGCACAGAAGCGGCUGCGCGCUGCACCUGCGAAGCCGAAGCGCGAUGCAGAUGAUGUAAUUGCACUUCUAGUGGCGCAGGAAGCGGCCGAGUAUGCCGACCUGCUGGAGCUGGAGGCGAAGUCCUUCAUGGGGGUUGCUCGCGCCUACUACCAAACGAUAUUUGGGCCCACCAACGACCUUGUGUGGCUCGAGGCGCAGGCUCGGCGCAGCUUUGAAGACGAGUACAGCCGUGCCACAAUGGCUUUCCUCGCCCAGCUGCGUGAGGAGAUAUGGAGGGCGGAACAGCGGCUGUUUUUGCGCGCACUGGGAAUGUUCCCCGAUGCGCUACCGCACGUCGCGCAGCUGCGCCGCAUUGCCGCGGAAUUCGAUGCACUGCAGCAGGCCAAGUUGUCCGUGCUGGAAAGCCGCGAGGCAGUGCCUCUGUGGCAACGCGUAUGCAUCAUUCGAGGCGAGACGGAGAGCGAGGAGGACAUCAUAUUCAGGCGGAUUUUGCUAGCCUGCGUCGUUGAGGCGCACGGCAUCAGCGAAGGGUACCUGCGGUACGACACCGUUACCGGCCGCCUGCGGCACACGUACAAGGAGGUUCCGCCAUUCAUGAGGGAUGUCAUCGACUACUCCAUGCAGUUCGAGCCCUUUGCCGCGGUUCUGGAGGAAGAGACGCAGCGCAUGCGAAUCGUGGAAGAGGCGGAGGGUGCCUGUGCCUCCCUAGCUGCAGCCCUCGCCUCUGGUGACGACGCGGAAGGCAACGUCUCAUCUACUCCUGACACUUCUAACGCCCCUGUAGCACCAAGCCACGCCGAUCAACCAGCGGCAGAGACCUGA